GCGGCGGCGCAGGCGUAGUACGCCACUGGCGGCCUGGCAGCCGGCAGCGUUGAAGCUGACGCGUCUAGAGCGCCGUCGACCGCGGAGUAGGGACCCGCUUUGGGGGCAUGAGCCGAGCGGAAGACGCCGAGGCCACGAGUAUUUCAUAGAGAUUGAUGGAAGCAGAAACCAAAACUCUUCCCCUGGAGAAUGCAUCCAUCCUGUCAGAGGGCUCCCUACAGGAAGGGCACCGGUUAUGGAUUGGCAACCUGGACCCCAAAAUCACAGAAUACCACCUCCUGAAGCUCCUCCAGAAGUUUGGCACCGUAAAGCAGUUUGACUUCCUCUUCCACAAGUCAGGUGCUUUGGAGGGACAGCCUCGAGGGUACUGUUUCGUUAACUUUGAAACUAAGCAGGAGGCGGAACAAGCCAUCCAGUGUCUCAAUGGCAAGCUGGCGCUGUCUAAAAAGCUGGUUGUGCGGUGGGCACAUGCUCAAGUAAAGAGAUACGAUCAUAACAAGAAUGAUAAGAUCCUUCCAAUCAGUCUUGAGCCAUCCUCCAGCACCGAGCCCACUCAAUCUAACCUAAGUGUCACUGCAAAAAUAAAAGCCAUUGAAGCCAAGCUAAAAAUGAUGGCAGAAAAUCCGGAUGCUGAGUAUCCAGCAGCGCCUGUUUAUUCCUACUUUAAGCCACCAGAUAAAAAAAGGACUACUCCUUAUUCUAGAACAGCUUGGAAAUCUCGGAGAUGAUGAUUAUGAAUCACUGUAGCAGCAAAAGCAAAUUGGUCUUCACACCUGAAAUCCUCGGCCUUUGUACUUUCUAGAUGUGACUGGUACUAUCCAACAGAGCACAAUCAAAUGUUAAGAAUUUGGUAGCAUAACAGUUUUGGAUGUUCCUAUGGAUGUUUCUGCCCUGAAGUAUGUGUGGAAUUGAGCAUCUUCCAGAAUAAAUAGGAUCGUAUCCAAAAUUGUGAUUUGAAAACUGGGAUGCUCUAGUUGGCUGGUUUGUUUGUAUUUGUAACUCCAGAAACACUAUAUAGUGUUCCAGAGAGAAAGGCAAACACAAAAAUGUUACUAUUUAAAUCAGGAAACUAAAUUUAUUAUGGUCCUAAAAAAAUUAAUAAUAAUAGAGCAUUUUGGGGGGACUAAAGUGUCCUCACAACGUAAAAGAUUCAGGGAGGGAAGUGAGAGAUUUUGAAUCAUGUUCAGAACUGUUGUUCCAGAAUUUACUAUGGCAAUCCCUCCAAUUGGACUAAAACAGAAAAAGUUCUUGGCAAAAAGAAGCUGGUUGUUUGAGCAAAUGUUGUGGUAAUCUGUUUAAGAAUUAUGUUUAUUGUUUCAAAAUCCCAAUUAGGAAAAUAUGGUGUAUAUCUUAAAAUUGUUUGUGUCAACAAAACUGGAAAAUCAAAUUUAGCAUUUUGUACCACAACAAAAGUUUUAUUUGAAAGUCCAUCUUUUAUUCUAUAAUGAUCAUUUUUUAAAAAUCUUAAUAUAAUCCUGCCUUCGAUAAUACUACAAAUGUUGUUAUGAACGUGGGACUUUUAAAAUCACGCUAUUGCAUGAGAUUGUUUUUAUAGCAUGAGACUAUUCUAUUUGGAGUUGUAUCAUGGUUAAUCUAAAUAGAAAAGCAAAAUUUCUUUGAAAACCUAAACGCUUCUAUAUUGAUCUCUAUCAAACAGAUUUAUUUAUUAAUUGUUUAGGGGUCUGAGUAGAAGAAAUUGAAGUGUCUUGUGCGGGGUGAGGUGGGGACGUACAACGGACACAGUUGAUGGAGCAGGCACUGCUCUGGCACCAAGAUUGUAAUGACCUCAUGUCUUAUGUAGUUUUUAGAGGCUUGAAAGUCUGCAUGACUUACAACAAGAGGGAGAGAAAAAUAAAUCAUAUUUAUUUGGGAGUGUGUUUCUCUCAGCAGUUUUGGUCAUUUGGGUGCCGGGUUGACAGACUGUUUUCACUGGGCAGCACCGUUGCUUCUUUCCCGGGUAAAUCAUAUUUUUUUUUGACCCUCGGUGCCAUUCUUAGUGAUUACAGACUUUUUACCAUUAUUCGUAGCAAGAGAAAACUUUCAUUAUAAGAACUUAAGUCUUCCUAUGAGCAUAAAUGAAUUUAAGGCACUGAACCAAAACUUCAGCACAGUGAGGUUUCAGAAUUCCCAGAACUGGUUCAGAGAAAUUCUUACCACCUUUCCCAAGGUAAAUCUUUUUAGCUAUCUUUAGGUAUUAAAUACUUUCUGCGUUUAUUAGUUCUGUCUAUGAUGCAAGUAACUCUUCUUCCUCUUGGGGGGUGGUUCAGGGAGGUGGGAGCGUCCUCCCAUUUUUCUGGUGACUAUUCUUAGAGUAUGGAAUCCACCAUUUGAUCCUUAAGUCCUCAAAGGGUUGUGGUGGAGUAGGACUUACUUAAUGCAAAAUCCGUCUUCUAUUUUUAACAGGAACUUAGAAAAUACUUAACUUUGAAUUAUCUAGAAUUGUUUCCUUUAAAAACCAAAACUAUUUAUUUGUAUUUAAAGCAAUGUUUAUUAUUUGUACCGAUUCUUAUUCCUCUGUGUGAAUAAAUGUAAGAUGGUGUCUGUG